AUGGAGAUAUCCUCCAGUAGUAGCAUUAGUUGCUUUGAUUCCGCUCUAGAAUAUCUGGACUGGUUCAGUGCGACAUUCCGAUGUCUGGACUGUGAUGAUAUCACUGACCUGGUGGAGCUCGGAGUGAGAGUAUUACAAAGCUUUGAUCUGUAUCUGACAAAGUGUAGGAGGAGGAGGAGGAACCUUGAAACCUGUUUGGAACAAGAUGAGGAAGAGAAGGAUGUUACUUCUUUCAGAAUUCAAAACCUGAUUAUCGGAAGAAUGCAAGAUCUUGAAUUUGCUUGCAGCGAACACUUGAUUCAUUCUCGUUUAGAUGGUUUGACUCAGAUCCGAAGUGAGCUCACCAGAUUCCAGGUAGCAAUCAAAUUGUUUUUCGAGACAUAUAUCAAGGAAUCGUGCAUCAACUCUCUGUUGGAGUAUUACUGGCUGAGAGAUCCGGAACUAGUUAUUGAUUUCGUUGAUUCGGUCUCAAAGACUCUGGCGGAACUUCCCAUAUACUGUUUCAAACACCUUGUAAAUAAGCUAAUGUUCAUGAAGAGUUUCAUUCGCUUUGCCAUGCUUCGCGGCAUCAAGGGUCAGCAAUUGAUAGAUCUCUUGAUUCACGCUGAAGUGGUGGCUAUCAAUGCAUUACGCCUGGCCUCUAUAUGGUGCUUGGACAGUGACAGACAUAAUGGAGAUGUACAGAAGGAAAUGAGACUUCAAAUUUCUCGACUAAUACGUGAGAAGAUUAAUCCUGGUGAUCCCCCGGUCCGAGAAACUUACAUCCAUGUCUUGACUGCUGCAAAGUUAUCAAGAUCAUCAGAUAUUUCAGAUCUGGAGAAGAAUAAGCAUCUAGUAGCUGACUUUAUGGAUCGUCUCGUUCACAAUAUUAAGGAGCUGCUGAAAUCCUGUACCAAUAUUCUUGUUCCGAUUAUGAAUCAAAUGCUAAAACUCCUUGAGGGGCUAAGAUUCCUGACAAUCCUUCUCAAGCAUCAGGAGAAGUUCAAAGAGCUGUGCCAUGAAAUGAAGAAUCUUAUUGGAGUUGUGGCCUGUGAUGCAGUGGUUGUAAUUUUCUCUCUUUCUGUGAAUCAAAUCGAAGAAGGCUUGGCCAAGGAAACCGAUCUUGCUCUUUUUCAUUUGCUUAAAGUGAUUAAGUUUAUUAGGGCAGAAGUUACCGAUCCAGUAACAUCAUUUUCGCCAUUUGGUUUUCCUAGGACCAAUGAGAUGGGCUCUAUGGAUUUUCUCCUUGAAAAUCUGAAAGAACUAGAAAUUUGUAAUGAGGCUGAUGAUUCAAUUGCAUUCCCGAAAGAUCAAAUCCACACAGUCCUCGAAGAUCUCGUAUUCUUAAGAUCUUUCCUUGUCAAGAUAGCAGACCAGCGCAACUGGAAUGGAAAACUCCAAGCUCUUUGGAGUCGUGUUAUGGAGGUUGCACAUAGGGCAGAGUUUGUCAUUGACUCUAUUGUGGUUGGUGAUAAACAUGAAUAUUUGGAAAGAGUUGCCAGAGAUAUCCAGCUUUUGAGGACUGAGGCCUUUGAAACCUAUGAUAGCACGAAGCAUGACUGUGGAGCUCAGAGAACUAACCAAAAAUCUUUCCGCAUUGAGUCAAAAUGUAGCACCCCAGUGUUGAAUGAAGCUCUAGUGGGUCUUGAUGAUGAGGUAAAGACAAUUAUUCAUAGUCUUACCAGGGGUUCAAAGCUGUUGGAUUUUGUUUCAAUUGUGGGUAUGGCUGGACUUGGUAAGACAACAUUGGCCAAUAGAGUUUACAAUGAUCCAUUAAUUUUGAGCUACUUUCAUAUCCGUGCUCAGUGUAUUGUUUCUCAAGUGUAUAGCAUGCACAGUUUGUUAGUUCAGCUUUUAUGUAGUAUUUCUUCUAGAAGUCCGGAUGAAUAUCUUGAGAUUGGUGAAAAUGAUUUGGCUCACAAGCUAUACAAACUUUUAAAAGGAAAUAGGUAUCUCAUUUUUUUGGAUGAUGUGUGGGAGAUUAAGGCAUGGAAUUUGGUGAAAAGUUCAUUGCCCAAUGAUGCUAAUGGAAGUAGGAUUCUCGUCACCAGCAGAAUUCAAUUGCAAUUCAAACCUGAUAGCAAGGCUUACCAUCUCCGCCACCUUACUGACAAUGAGAUUGUUCUCGUUGCUGGAAUUCUUGCUAAUACUGUAGAAGACUGCUGGGAAGAAGUUGCAAAGAGUCUAACUUCCAGUAUUGUCCUUCAUGAUGAAUACUGUAUGAAGACGCUUGAGCUGAGUUACAAUCAUUUACCGGAUGAUUUGAAGCCAUGCCUUCUUUACUUUGGUGCAUUUCAAGAAGACGAAAAUGUUCCCGUCCGAAGGUUGUUAUGGCUCUGGAUCUCUGAAGGAUUCGUGCGAAAGACUGAGGGAAAGAGAUUAGAGGAUGCAGCAGAUGACUACUUGAGGGAUCUGGUUGAUAGAAGUUUAGUUAUGGUUUCCAAACAAAGAAGUACGGGUGGUGCCAAAGCCUGCCGACUUCAUGAUUUGGUACACGAGUUUUGUGUGAAAAAAGCCAAAGAAGAAAACCUUCUACAUAUUUUGCAUAGUCAGAGUGGACGUUUUAUUCUUACCGGCCCAAGCAACCCCCUCCGAGUUUGUGAUCAAAAUACCAAGAAUUUGAUGAUUUGGGAGUUAAUGCUAGAAUUUCCGAAUGUACGGAGUUUGUUAUUGUUUAAGGAGGAUGAUUUGGGGUUUUGGUUACUUAAACUUCUAAGAGUGUUGGAUUUGAGGAAAUUGGUGUUUCAUGUAUAUUUUCCAAUGGAAGUACUUUUGCUUGUUCACUUGAGAUACUUGGCUCUUUGUACUAGAGGAGUAAAUUUCAUCCCAGCUGCAAUAGCUAACCUCUCAAGGUUACAAACUUUUCUGCUACGAGGAAACAACGCUGAUUGUUUCUUACCCAAGACAAUCUGGAACAUUAAGACAUUGAGGCAUCUAUGGACUACAAAUUCCGCUAUUGGUUUUAUGUUUCCUGUUGAAAAUCUUGAAGUAUCCCCAGGUUUAGAUCGUUUAGUCGCUUUAAGCCUUGCCAUUGAUCCCUCCUCUCAAAGCUUGCAAAAGACACUGGCAAAGUUACCAAGCAUCCGCAGGCUAAGAUGUAACAUGAGGAAAUCAAGAGAAGAAACUACAAGAAUUGGCAACGAGAUUCUCGGGUUUGACUGUUUGAGUCAACUAGAAUCACUUACUCUGCGUCAUUUUUGCGGAUUUGGAUUUAAAUUCCCAUUGAAUUUGAAGAAGUUGACUCUCUCCUAUCAUAAGCAGCCAUGGUGUGAAAUUUCCACAAUUGGAAAGUUGCCCAAUCUUGAAGUGCUUAAAUUACUCGAUCACUCCUUCUAUGGAGAAGAAUGGGAAAUGAACGAAGGGGAGUUCCUUAACCUCCGAGUCUUGAAAUUGUCAAGGUUGCGGGACUUUCACAGCUGGACUGCAUCUUCUGAUAAUUUUUCCCGUCUUGAGAAAUUGGUUGUCGACUGGUGUCCAAACUUGGAAGAUGUGCCUUCUUGUUUAGGAGAAUGUCUGACUCUUGAAAUGAUUGACGUGAAAUGGUGUGGUGAGUCUGUUGCAAGUUCAGUGAAGCAAAUUCAACAAGAACAGAUAGAUACAGGAAAUGAAGUUCUAAAGAUCUCAAUUGAACCUUGUGGUGAUGCGCGGAGUUCCAGCGAAGAAGAAGAAGAAGAAUCAAGUCCCCUAGAAACAGAGUCAAUCCCCUCACAAGGAGUCUAA